GGGGCGGACCGGGCGGACCGGGCGGGCGGCGGCGAGGAGAGCGGCGGGGCGGGCGCGCGUGGCUGGCCAUGAUCGCGUCUUGCCUGUGUUACCUGCUGCUGCCGGUCGCGCGCCUCUUCCGCGCCCUCUCAGAUGCUUUCUUCACAUGUCGGAAAAAUGCCCUCCUGGCAAAGAGCACAUCCCCCCAGUUAGAGGGCGACUUUGCCAUGGCCCCUCGGGGUGCCGAGCAGGAGGAGUGUGAAGGCCUGCUGCAGCAGUGGCGAGAAGAGGGGGCGAGCCAGGUGCUCUCAGCUGCGAGUGAGGGCCCCCUGGCUGACAAGGGGCUGGCGCAGAGCAGCCUGGCUCUGCUGAUGGAGCCUCCUGGAGAACAUGACACUGCUGCGGAGGACCAGUGGUCCAGCCGGCAGCUGAGCGACCUGCGGGCAGCCGAGAACCUGGAAGAGCCUUUUCAAACCGAGGGUCUGGGAGAAGAGCCGCUGCCCGAGGCCGAGGGCACCAUGUGGGCAGCUGUCCCCAUGCAGACAGGACCCCAGUAUGUAGACUGUGCUGUCCUCCCAAUGGGUGCACCCCCGGCUGCUGAGCAGUGGGAAGAGGACCCUGCUGUGGUGGCCUGGAGCAUUGCCCCUGAGCCUCUGCCCCAGGAGGAGACCCCCAUGUGGUCCUUUGAUGGCUUGGGGCAAUUACAGCCGCCUCCGAUGGAAAUACCAUAUCAUGAAAUCUUGUGGCGCGAAUGGGAGGAUUUCUCCGCGCAGCCGGACCCACAAGGCCUGGAGGCUGGGGAUGGCCCUCAGUUCCAGUUCACCCUGAUGUCCUAUAACAUCCUGGCCCAGGACCUGAUGCAGCAGAGCUCUGAGCUCUACCUGCAUUGCCAUCCCGACAUCCUCAGCUGGAGCUACCGCUUUGCUAACAUCAUGCAGGAGUUCCAGCACUGGGACCCGGAUAUCCUGUGUCUGCAGGAAGUCCAGGAAGAUCACUACUGGGAGCAGCUAGAGCCUUCCUUGCGGAUGAUGGGUUUUACCUGUUUCUAUAAGAGGAGGACGGGGUGUAAAACGGAUGGCUGUGCUGUGUGCUACAAGCCCACUAGAUUCCGCCUGCUCUGCGCCAGCCCUGUGGAGUACUUCCGGCCGGGCCUGGAGCUCCUCAAUCGGGACAACGUGGGCCUGGUGUUGCUGCUGCAGCCGCUGGUGCCAGAAGGCCUGGGGCCUGUCUCUGUGGCCCCACUAUGUGUGGCAAAUACCCACGUCCUAUACAAUCCACGCCGUGGUGAUGUGAAGCUGGCCCAGAUGGCCAUUCUCUUGGCCGAAGUGGACAAGGUGGCCAGGUUGUCAGACGGCAGCCACUGCCCCAUCAUCUUGUGUGGGGACUUGAAUUCUGUCCCCGAUUCGCCUCUCUACAACUUCAUCAGGGAUGGAGAGCUCCAGUACCAUGGGAUGCCAGCCUGGAAGGUGUCUGGGCAGGAAGACUUCUCCCACCAGUUUUACCAGAGGAAGCUGCAGGCCCCCCUGUGGCCCAGCUCCCUGGGCAUCACAGAUCGCUGUCAAUAUGUCACAUCUUGCCAUCCCAAGAGAGAAGAAAGACGGAAGUACAGCCGAGACUUCCUGCUACGCUUCCGCUUCUGUGACAUCGCCUGUCAGCGACCAGUUGGGCUAGUUUUCAUGGAAGGAGUGACAGACACGAAGCCAGAGCGACCCGCUGGUUGGGCCGAGUCCGAGUCUAUCCUUGAGGAAGACACACCUGACCUUGAGCCUGUCUUCCCCAGGACCACAGGCACCCUCCAGCACUGCCUGCACCUGAGCUCGGUGUACACCCAUUUCCUGCCCCAGCACGGGCGUCCAGAAGUCACCACCAUGCCCUUGGGGCUGGGAGCCACGGUGGAUUACAUCUUCUUCUCAGCGGAGUCCUGUGAGAAUGGAAACAGAACUGAUCCCAGGCUGUAUCGAGAUGGAACUCUCAAGCUCCUGGGCCGCCUCUCCCUCCUCUCGGAGGAGAUCCUGUGGGCCGCCAACGGCUUACCCAACCCCUUCUGCUCUUCCGACCACCUCUGCCUGCUAGCCAGCUUCGGGAUGGAAGUCACCGCCCCGUGAUGGGCUCCCAGGGGACGAGCUCAGCGGAUCAGAGACUUUGGAAAAUACCCCAUGCUUCUGGAAACUUCGUCCCCACGGCCCUCCCCUGCUGCUCCCUACCUCCCACGGUUAGGUUUUCUCCAGGACUACCCACGCUGUCUGCCUCUGGUCCCUCUCCCAACCUCUUCCUGAUCCUGUGCCACACACUCAGUGCGUGGCCCUGGGAGAGGUAGAAGGGGGAGGGGGUCUCCCCCUUCCUUCUAUGUAUCCAGCACUCCGCCUUGAUUUUUAAUUACCAGGGUUGCGGGAGCUCUUGAUCUCAUUGGUUAUUUGCUUUCAGGCUGUUUCUUGGUGGUACUUUCUGACCUGACCCCACUCCCUGCCUUCGGGAGCCGGGGCCGAGCCUCUUGGUCUGCAUGCAUAUGUGAGCUGCCUGUGUCACAUGCCCAUCCUGUUGGCCUCUGCCUGGCCCACUUUGCAUGCUAGAGCCAUGGCCAGAUCUGGGGGCACAGGAUGACGGUGUGUGCGAGCGGCUGUGCACUGCUCGUGACAGCAAGGACACGGGGUCCUCCUUCCCCUCGUCCCCUGGUUAUUCAGAUCAGGCUCAUUGGGGCUGUGAGGGUGAGGGUCCCAGAACAUGGAGCAGCAGAUUGAGGGAUGCAUUCCCACCGGGGAUUAGCGGGUGGGGAGCCGAUGUGAUUUCCCCAGGGCACUGCUUCCCUAGGUGGCCCUGAACAAGGCAGAAGUUGAACCCCUGUGUGGAGUUCAGUGGGCUGGGGCAGCGACUGAGGUCUAAAACUCUUCAAGGAUGAAGAGAAAGAACCUACAUGAAACUGGUGCUUGCAGAGCACCCAGGAGGAGGAAGAGGGGUGGCCCUGCUGUGCCUCAGCCGAGGGGCUAGUCUCCUACACACCCCCCCCCACUCCCACACACACACUCCGGGGACACAGUUCCCGUUCCUCCCCUCCUACCCCUUAGCUGCCUCCUGCCUCUGCCACUCACCUUCAUCUCCUCCCUUGAGGAGCCUGCCACUUAGCUCAGGUUAAAUGGUCUCAUGGAGAGGUGACCUGGAGUAGAACAGGUGCAAGACCUUGGGGACUCAUUGUGCCUUGGGGGUUGCUCUGUGUGUCCCCUCCCCUAACCGGGAGCCAUCUGGGACCUCUCCCACAGUGUCACAUGCACGCCUUCUCCUGUCAUUUCCUGGCGCGCCACCCCCUCAUAGUAGGGGAGCGUGCGGGGUCCCUGUUGCCUUAACUUGCAGUUGCCUGCUCAACCCACAGCAAACGGAAGAGAAUGGCCUUGGAGGCCCAAGUUAGGGACGGUGAGCCAGAAUUUAUCGCUCUUUCCUUGUUUUCUAAGCCAAAGACCCAGCUUGAAUCCUCCUGCUGCGACCGUGGUUCUAAGUGUUCCAUGUCUAGGUUCUGGGGAAUUUCUCUGUGUAUGUGUAUCUUGCAAGUUUAUUUCCAAGGUACUGGGCAUGUGCCUGUCUGAGCCCCAGGCCUGUCUGUCCACACCCCGCCCUUCAUUCUGUCCGUCCGUCCAUCCCCAGCACCUUCCAAAAUGGCUUCCCAACAGAGCCCUGUUGCCCCUAGGACCAGGGCCUGCCCCAGGUCCCUUCUGCCAGGAGAUACAGGCUGCACGAGGCCAAAGAUGGUAGAGGGCGAGCACUCGAGACAUUCUGUUGUUUUUGUGUUUUGUUUUGAAAUGAAAUAGAGGUUUCAAAUUUAAGCUCUGUUUAUUGUUUAUUUUUUUCCAAAUAAAUUUUUGCCUUUUU